UAAACCUCUUGCAUUUCAAUUUGUGGGUUAAAUCAUUCUUUCAUUCCCGCCAAAACCAAACUCAAAGAAAUCGAUAGCUCUUAUGAUUCUAACGAAGACAUGCUCUCUCACAACCUCUGCCACUGCAUUCCUUACACCACAGAGUCUCCUUCAUCUUCUUCAGCUCAGCAUCGACCUUCAUGCUCAAAAACUUACCCAACAAUGUCACUCUCAAAUCCUCUCAAAUGGCUUUUCCCAAAACCCUUUCCUCACUACCAGGCUCAUCUCUGCAUACGCCACAUGUGGAGAAUUAACCCUGUCAAGACUCGUUUUUUACUCUGUUCACACCAAGAACGUUUAUCUCUGGAACUCAUUCAUUAAUGGGCAUGUCAAAAAUCAUCAAUUUGAUCAAGCCAUUACGUUGUUCCGCGAAAUGGGUCGUUGUCGUGAUGAUAGUUUGAUGCCUGAUGAUUACACUCUUGCUACAAUUUCCAAAGUUUCUGGUGAGCUUGAGGAUUUGGUUUUAGGGAAAUUGAUUCAUGGGAAGAGUAUGAGAAUUGGGUUUAUGUCGGAUAUCGUUGUUGCCAACUCUGUUAUGUCGAUGUAUAGUAGAUGUGGUGAGUUAGGUGAUGCGAUGAAGGUGUUUGAUGAAAUGCCUCAGAGAAAUGUUGGUUCGUUUAAUGUUAUAAUUUCUGGAUGUGCUGCUGCCUUGGGAAAUUUUGAUUCUAGUUUAUUUGGUGAUUUGUGGAAUUUUUUUCGAAGAAUGCAAUGUGAAGGUUAUAAGGCUGAUGCUUUCACUGUUGCUAGUCUUUUACCUUUGUGUUGUGAUAAUGCUGGGAGGUUUGAUUAUGGGAGGGAACUUCACUGUUAUCUUGUGAAGAAUGGAUUGGAUUUGAAAAUGGGAUCAGAUGUUCAUAUGGGGUCUUCUUUGAUAGAUAUGUAUUCAAGGAGUAAUAAACUUGUUCUUAGUAGGAGAGUAUUUGACCAAAUGAAACGUAAAAACAUAUAUGUAUGGACUGCAAUGAUUAAUGGUUGUGUACAGAAUGGAGCACCUGAGGAUGCGUUGAUGCUUCUUCGUGAGAUGCAAAGCAAGGAUCGAAUACAACCCAAUGAAGUAUCGCUUGUUAGUGUGCUUCCGGCUUGUGGCUUGCUUUCUGGAUUAAUUGGAGGGAAACAAGUCCACGCGUUUUCUAUUAAAAUGGAGUUGAAUGGUUAUAUUUCCCUGUGUAACGCUUUGAUUGAUAUGUAUGCCAAAUGUGGGAGUUUAGAUUAUGCAAGACGAGUAUUUCAUAAUGGUUCUUACUUCAAAGAUGCUAUAACUUGGAGUUCGAUUAUCUCUGCGUAUGGAUUACAUGGGAAAGGAGAGGAAGCUGUGACUACAUAUUACGAAAUGCUUAAGCAAGGGAUCAAACCAGACAUGAUAACAGUGGUUGGUGUUCUUUCUGCUUGUUGCAAGGCAGGAUUGGUAGAUGAGGGCAUUAGUAUAUAUAACUCCCUGACGACUAAGUAUGAAAUGAAACCAUCGGUUGAAAUUUGUGCUUGUGUUGUAGAUUUGUUAGGUCGAUCAGGCCGGCUCAAUCAAGCCUUGGAAUUCAUCAAAGGAAUGCCAAUAAAUCCUGGUCCAAGUGUUUGGGGAUCUCUUUUAACUGCCUCUGUAAUACAUGGGAAUUCAAUGACAAGAGACUUGGCUUAUAGGUGUCUCUUAGAGCUAGAACCGGAAAACCCUUCAAAUUAUAUCGCACUUUCAAAUACGUAUGCUUCUAAUAGAAGAUGGGAUGAUGUAACUGAGGUGAGAACAAUGAUGAAACAGAGAGGUUUAAAAAAAGUUCCUGGUAUCAGUUGGAUAACUAUCGGUCGUAAGACUCAUUCUUUCACUGUUGCUGAUAAAGCACAUCCUUCUUCUAGUUCAAUCUAUGAAAUGAUCAAUGACCUUGUAUCAAUAAUGACAGAUGGGGGUUGUACUGAUAUUGAUAUUCUGACUUAAAUCUCCUGGAAUUGAUCAGCCAUGUAGCACAGCCAACUCGGAUAUUACUUGCUUGGUGAGAAAAACUGCAAAUAGUACCCACCUUGUUGGUGAUUUUGAUAAAUAUGGUUUACUUUAUGAGGUGACAACAUUGUAGAACAUGGUGAGUGCAAUUGGUCCCCCUGAGAUACUGAGCAGUUGAUCAAUGUGCAGAUGAGGUUCUCGGAUGUUCUAUAUAGUCCGACCAUCGUGAAGAAGAGGAAAAAACCUUAAUGGUGAUAAAUUAUGGAUACCGAUAACUCGAAAAGAAACUGUGGGAACCAGAAUCAUUUUUAAAUCGAUUCAUUUUAAUCCAGCCUCAUUACUGCAUGGGUGACAAAAGCAAGCUACCCAUAUGAAUAAAAGAAUACGGAUUUUGAUGGAGCUCACAUUCUGAUUUACAACCUGAUAAUACCAAGGAGCUUCUUUUCCAAAUGUAAUAGCAGUAACAGAAAGUUGGCUGCAUGCGUUAAGAGAUGUUGGUUCUUGUAUUAUUAAUACUGUAUUAAUUUAUUUAUUUAGGUUCUUAGCUUGAA